AUGAAGAAGCUUGGAGAAGGCACCUUUGGAGCUGUAUACAUGGUCCAGGAUGGAAAGGGAAAAAAAUACGCAAUGAAGGUAGAAAGCAUUAACGAAAAAGUUCCGCUCCUUCGCCUCGAACUUCUUGUAAUGCAACGUCUUCAAGCAAGACAUGCUGUACAUAUGGCUGAUUUAAUAGAUAAAGGACAUUCUGACACAUUUAAUUACAUUAUAAUGAAACUACUUGGGAAAUCUCUACAGGUGGCAAAGAAAACUGGUCCUGACAAGCAUUUAUCGCUUGGGCCAGCUAUCGGAUGUGCGAUACAGUGUUUAGAAGCUUUGGAGGAACUACAUUGGACGGGAUUUUUGCAUAGGUUUGUAAAAAUAAAGCCGAGUAUGUGGUUGUUAUGUAUGUCGCAAAAGUGUACCUAUAAUCACGACGAAUUCGCCGUUAUCGUUCCUUGUUACUUUUAAUA